AUGAAUACCGCUGCGCACUUGCUCCCACGGUUUCUGUUGCCUCGUCUGAGUUGGACUGGUCCAGUUUCGACGUGGACAACAAGUAUAGCGCCAGCAGUCCCGGCCGCGCUCUCCCAACAGGCCUCAAGGCAUACAUCGCAGCAGGAGAGAUGGCAACCUGCACCGAGGAGGUUGCUUCAUACAGCUAGCUUGGGCCCGGCGAGGCAUGACGGCAUUCGGCCGCCGAGGAAGCUGAACAGUCUGGUCCGCGAUCCCAGACUUCGACGCUCGUUCCACGCUUCGGCGCCACGGGCACGGGACCAUCAUUUUGAUACCCUACGAUUUGUGCAGCGUCUGCAAGAGGAGGGCUUUACAGAGGAGCAAUCUGUGGCCAUGAUGAAGGUGUUGAACGACGUGAUUGAGGAGAGCAUUCAAAACCUCACGCGCACCAUGGUGCCCCGCGAAGAGGCGGCCAAGACGACGUAUACGCAAAAGGUAGAUUUCGCCAAGCUGCGCAGCGAGCUGCUCUCGGCCGACAGCACCGAGUCCAACACGACGCGGGCGGCGCACGAGCGCCUGACCAACGACAUCGCCAAGCUGAGCAGCCGGCUGCGGGACGAGAUUGGGCGGACCCAGGCGAGCGUGCGGCUGGACCUGAACCUGGAAAAGGGCCGGAUCCGUGAGGAGGCCGUGUCGCAGGAGCUCAAGAUCAAGGAGACCGAGACCAAGAUCGAGCAGGAGGCGGCCGCGCUGCGCCAGCAGCUCGAGCAGGUCAAGUUCCAGACGCUGCAGUGGCUUAUAGGCGUGUGUACCGGCUUUGCCGCGCUGUUGCUCGGUGCUUGGCGGUUGUUGAUGUGA